GUGUGUUCCCAGCAGUGGAAAACUCAUCCCGGUCCCGAUCAGUCGCUGCGUCGACACCGCCAGGAGCAGAUCGUCGUCCCAACGUGGCUCGUCGGAUCGGAUUUUCUAGACCGAACAGGGUGUGAACACAAAGGAUCGUUUCGUGUCACGAUCGUCGUCAAGUUCGUGGCGUGUCACUUCUUUUGUUUGGACGCAGUGUGCUCGUGCUGGCCAUUGUUUGGCGGAAAAUUCAAAUAAACAGUGAUUGUGAUCGCGCGUGUUUGAUCGUGGAAGCGCAUGGUCAGGAAGGUAUGACGGAUUGGUGAACUUGGCGCGAACAAAGUAGAUCUUCAACGUCAUUUGUCAGAGACUUUUUUUUUUUGCUGGUGACGAUUAGAGAAACCCGAGGAAAAAGGUCAAUUUCUCACGCUCGUUUGUCAAAGGGAAUAAUGGUUAUCUAACGUCACGGUGCGGGGAUCCACAAAAGGUGGCCGGAGGAACGGAAUGUUGUCGUCGUAAUUUUUCACAUACUUGUUUGGACAGUUGGACAGACGCCGACUUCGAAAUUUUCUCAGCCCGGGAGGAAGUAGAAAGUAAAAGUCGGCGGAAAAUUUAUGUACUUUUCCGCAGCGGCGGCGACGACGGCGUCACUCGCCUUGUAAAUGUGUUAAUUUUGUUAGUGAGCGAGUGUGUGUGUUUUGCGGAAAAAACAAGUGACAUUUUCACGACAGGAACCGAAAGCCGGCAAUUUGUAGCCGCGGACGUACGUUCAUGAUUUUUAAUGGUCGUGCCUUAAUGUUUGACCGGCAGUGCAAGUACUAAUUGGAAGGGUCCGUGGACACUUUUACGACCUGCGUAGCGGAGCAUUUCCUCGAGGAAGAACCAGAGAGACAGAGACGAAACAGAACAGAGCUUGUCUAAGCGCACCCGCACACACACACACACGAGAUGGUUCAGGAAAUGCAAAGCAACGUUCCGGAGGAGCUGUACAACCUGACCCAGCUGGCGGAGGUUUCGAUUGCGGCUGGAAAGCUGAACACUUCCAGUGCUGAAGGACUGACGCCACCGCAGACACCAGGAGAGCAGCAGUAUCAUCAGCUGUACCACGGUCAACACCAUCAGUACCAUCAGCCUUACUACCAUGGUGGUGGUGGUGGUGGUAUCAAGUACUACACCCUGCAGCAUGAGUCAUUAGGGUCAGCUUAUCAUCCGUCGCUCUAUCAGCACUCGGGCGGUCCUUAUCAUCAGGUGGUGCGUCGUGCCGAAUUAGAUAACGGUGCGCACGACGAAGAGAGACUACGCCGAAGUACGGAAUCGGCUAAUCUGGGCAGUGCAUCGCCCGCUGGCCAUUCGGCGGCGACCAAGAAGAAGUGGAAGCACAACUGGGAGAUCAACCGGAAUCUUAAGCUGCAACAGCAGCAGAGCCAGCAUCAGUACAGAAUCAACAAGAUAAAGGAAGCGGCCGUCGAUGAUGAGCGAGCAGAUUUUGCAGGUGACGCCGCACUGACGUACUACAGCUCAACGAUACGGCCAAUCGGAGUCAGUCCGUCGAGACCUACCAGCAGCAGUAGUGGUAGCGGAGACGAUCGGCGGAACUCGUACGCGUCGGAAGAGUCGGAAGAUUCUAGCUCGUACUCGUACUCGCACAAGGUGUUUGACCGGAAAAAGUCCCGAACGUUGUCGUGGAACAGCAGUGGAAGCAGCUACAGUCAUGGGGAGGAGCGGCGAUCGAGUGGGGCUGAGCACCGGGAUGACGGCGAGUGUCGGCUUGGGUUCGACGAGCACGAUGAGCACGACGGAGAAGUAGCGGAGCGUAGCUUUGAAGGUAGCAGUGGGGAUGAGACCGGCUCACCAGAUGACGUGCACGGGUGUCCGGAGUGUGGAAAGAAGUACUCGACUUCGUCGAAUCUGGCCAGGCAUCGGCAGACACAUAGAUCUCUCCAGGACAAGAAGGCCCGCCGUUGCCCUCACUGCUCCAAGGUGUACGUCUCGAUGCCGGCGUACUCGAUGCACGUGCGCACGCACAACCAGGGCUGCCAGUGUCCGACCUGCGGCAAGUGCUUCUCGCGCCCGUGGCUGCUCCAAGGUCACAUCCGGACGCACACAGGUGAGAAGCCGUUCAAGUGUAACGUCUGCCAGAAGGCGUUUGCGGACAAGUCGAACCUGCGAGCGCACGUCCAAACGCACUCGAACACGAAGCCCCACUCUUGUGCCCGCUGCGGAAAAGCCUUCGCGCUCAAGUCCUAUCUGUACAAACACGAGGACUCGUCCUGCAUGAAGAACAAGACGUCCGGAAAGCACCCGGGAAAACCAGCGGGACACUCACCCAAGAGUGGCCGCCGGAAGGUCGAAAAGGACCAUCACGGAUCAUCGCCGUCUUCGUCUUCCUCAUCGUCUUCGUCCAGCAGUGAUGGCCAUUCCUUCCUGGGACCAUACCCUCAACGGUCAUCGAUGAGUCCGCUGGAUCUGGCACUGCAAACCGAAAUCCAGCUCAAAAAAGACGCCGUCCGGGCCAAGAUCCGCGAGGUCCUGGAAGACAACUGCAAAAAGUCAGCCCAACUGAAAGCCGCAGCCGCAGCAGCUGCAGCAGCGGCGGCAGCUACGGACAACCGUAUCAGUGUGAUCCGGACUACCGCCAGCAGUCACGAGGGAUUCUGCCGGCAACGGGACGACCCUCGUGACGCCAUCCAAACGGAGGGAAACACCGCCGCCAUCCCCACUAGCUAUGACUAUCCCCGAGGGUACGCCAUCAUUGCGUAGCCGGCGGCCAUUUUGUUUUGUUGACAUUGGAACGAACCUAGCAUUUAGCAACCUUGGUAGAUAUGUAACGACCUUUGUAACGCAAGUAUUCAAUCUUGUUCAACGAUUUGUAUCGCUCUCAGUAGCAACACUGAAGACAGAUCUGUGAAUUCAAAAAUGUGCCUUAGAUAUUUGUACAUACUUUUAGAAGUAGCAGCUAGUUUUUUUUUAUUUGUAAAAUUUGUAAAACCUACAUCAGUAAACAAACGAUACCACAACUCAGCUAAACUGGACCAAAAACAACGCGAAUUGAGCAUCUCGAACCCGAUCGACCCAUCUCAAACUGUACAAUUUCGUGACCGAUUCGGAUGCUUGCCUUUUGUAAACUUAUUUUUUUGUAGGCUUAAUUUUGUUUCAUUUCUCAUUUGUACAACGAUUAUACUUUCUCUAUACGUUGUGUUUGUGCAGCGGCGAAAAAACAAAAGGACGAGAUCGUUCUAGUCUUUUUUUAGUUGUAUUUUGAAACAGCCUUAGUUUCGUCUUAGAUUUUUAAGUUAGAACCCUUCAGUUUGUUGCAUUUGUGUAAUUUUGUGCCAUUGCCACCAAACAAUGAGUUAUUCUAAUCAUUUUCGUUUUUAAUUUUCUGUAAUCUUUUACGUUAACUCUUUAUUUGUAGGAACACAAAUAAAAUAAUCUUGCCUCAACGAGAUUCUCAUGCUGAUAACGAUGGUGCCAUUACUAGCUAGUAUCGAAUGUGUAGUAUUUAGUUUGUAGUAUUUUGAGUUUACUCUUUCGGAGCCUAGUGGCCGGAAAUGUGCAAUAAAAGUAGGUUGGUAAGGUCGAACUGACAUUUUUCAGUGCAAAAGGGAUUACAUUUAGGGAACUGAGAAAGGAUGACGUUAGUAGCUAAGCGAUCCAUUGUAUUAUAACUACCCAGCGUAGCGAGUAGUUUCAUUUUUGUAGUGAUUAGUACACACCUUGACAAGACUUAUUAUAAUAAAGAUUUUAUAUGAAA